GCCUCUGAUUGAAUCUGCACGAAGAAGAGCCAAGGAAAUAAAAACAAAAGUCCCCUUGGGUUGUUAUGCCAGCUAAAAAGCGACAGAAUGAUCCCGCAACGGGUAAAAAGAAUAAGAAAGAGAAACGAGGUGAACUCGCCGUGAUUAAUUCGGAUUUGAGGGAUGAAGCUGUCCAGAAAGGCAUGAGAGACGCAUGGCAGAGGAAAGAGAGCUACACUAAUGGUAAUAUCCACCUGGACUGUGAGCCCUUCCCUCACUGUCAGAUCACUCGUUUCCUGCAGAGUGAGAGCUUUGUGGAAAGUCUGCAAGCAGAGCUCCUGCAGCUGAAUUUCAACAGCAAGUCAAAUGAUUUGUACAAGUUUCAACAGUCAGAUGAUCUGGGAGAGAGAAAAGAAGAUCAUAUCUCACAAAUAAGGUCUGUGAUUUUUGGGGAGUUUCGUGUCUGGUUGUCAGAAGUGUUGCAGGUGGAUCUGGAGGCGACUGUCGAUAUAUCCUGUGCAAAGUAUGAGCAUACAGAUGUUUUGCUGUGUCACGAUGAUGAGCUGGAGGGACGAAGAGUUGCGUUCAUCCUCUAUCUGGUACCUCCCUGGGAGGUGAAAGAUGGAGGGACACUGGACCUGUUCAGCACUGAUGAACACUGUCAGCCUGUGAGUGUUGUCAAGUCUCUGCUUCCUUGCUGGAACUCUCUGGUCUUUUUUGAAGUGUCCCCCGUCUCCUUCCAUCAGGUGGCAGAGGUUCUUUCUGAGGAAAAGUGCCGUUUAUCUCUGAGUGGUUGGUUUCAUGGCCCUUCUCUACCAAGACCCUCACGCUACAUUGAACCCCCAGUUCCCCGUCACACUCAUAUCCCCAGAGAUGAGAGUUUGCUAUUUGAGUGGGUGAAUGAGAUGUACCUGGAUCCUCGCUAUCAGGCUCGGGUACAGCAGGAAUUCGAAGAGAGUUCUGAGAUUUGCUUGGCUACUUUCUUACAGGAGGAGAAACUGAGACAGGUGCGCAGUGCACUGCAGUCGUCUGAAAUCCAGUGGGAAAGUAAGGGGCCACCCAAUAAGAGGUAUUAUGGCUGUGCAGAUAUGCAGAGCGUCCCAUCUUGUGUACAGGAGUGCUGGGAACUCCUCUCCUCCGAGUCAUUCUUCAUCCUCUUAUCCAACCUGACCGGUCUCCGUCUACACUAUCUGUGCGGUGAUGAGGAUGAGAGCGAGAACGAAGAUGGAAAGAGUGAGACAGAAAACAGAGGUGGAGCGGGAAAUACACAAGCAUCAGCAUCCAAUACUGAUGCUGAUACUUCAACAACUGAGAAGAAAGACAAAGGACCUCCUACUUGUGUAGGAGAACUGCGUCGCUGGAUGCAUGGCGACUAUACAUUGUUACAUGACUCUGUCAAAAGAGAGUAUGCAUUGGAUCUGCAGCUUCACAUGGGCUGUGCUGGGUGGAAAUCAGAGUUUGGGGGAUUUACGUCCUAUAUUGCACAUGAUGAAGAUGAGGAGCUCCUGACAGUGUAUCCUGAAGAUAACUCCCUCGCUCUGGUCUACAGAGACAAAGACACCCUCAAGUUCAUCAAGCAUAUCAAUAAUAGCAGCUCCAGCCAACUUUCUUCUCAGAAUACUGCAGCAUUCUAUGACUUCUCUUUUAACUACUAUGAAUGAUGAAUGAGUGCAUUGGACAUACAUUUCAUAACAUUUUGAGCUUAAUAUACACAAACAAAAAUAAAUUUGAAAUAUAAGUGCACUUUAAUUUUUGAAUGUGCAAAUUUCACUCCAAACUACAAAAAUUCAGUGUUAAGUGUGAUGCUUGAAAUGAAAUGUAAUCAUUUGGUUGUUAAAUGAGCAUUUGUGCUCUGAUGUCAAUAAAUGUUAAUAAUUAACACAUGAAUAAUGACAUUUGUGUUCAUCUGAAGCCCAUUGUGUUAUAUUACAGAACUAUAACGUGUUAAAACACCAAAUUAAAUCUAUUUACAUUACUAGAGAACAUUAGUGAAAAUGUUUAUAUUUUAGGUUGUUCAUCUGCAUUAUGUACUCA